CCACUGCUGCAGCGCUGGGGGUGAACACGCGGUGAUAAGCAGACGCAUACAGCAUGUGUCUUGUGUCGGUCCAGUAGUUACAGGCUGGGGCCAGCUCAGCCCCUCCCUUCCUGCGAGCUUCAGGCGGACGCCGGUCCUCACUGCAGUCCGCAGUAAACUCACCGGAGCCUUCAGAGUGCAGCAGACUGCAGACUGCAGACUCCAUCACACUCCUACUCACGCUCCCAUGGCAGGUGGAAAGGACUCACACGGGGCCGGGACAAUGGCUCUCCUCUCAGCCGUGGCAUUUUUGGCUCUAGUGGUCUCUGCUGAAGGAAGUGUUGGACCGAGUACCAACACCAGCUUUUGCACCGAGUCAAAGGAAUGUCUGGAAUAUCAGCUGGUCUGCAAAACAGAUGAAUAUGAGGUACGACACUACAGCCCCACUCGCUGGGUUACAACAGAUGCUGAAGCCUAUUUCAUGGGCGUGGGUGCAGCCAUGGCCUUCAGGAGACUGUUCCAGUACAUCACUGGAGCCAAUGAAGGAGGCAUCCAGAUGGAGAUGACAGCCCCUGUCUUGGUCAAGAUCCCAGAGGAAACCAAGAUGUGGGAGCCGGCUAUCUACACGCUCAACUUCCCACUGCCAGCAGCCUAUCAGGAGAAGCCUCCCACACCCACUAAUGAAAAGCUGUAUUUCACCGAGAUGCCAGAGAUGGAUGUCUACGUGAGGAGUUUUGGAGGCUGGAUGCUGUCCGUCACUUCCAGGCUUCACGCUCACCUGCUGACUAAAGAACUGGGGAGAGUUCGAGCUUCCUACAACCACACUUACCACUACGGAGUCGGCUAUGACAGUCCCUUGAAGCUGUUGAACAGGCACAAUGAGGUGUGGUAUGUGGCCGAGGGGGAGCUAGUUUGCACGGAUCCACAGGAGCCGACCCCUGCGCACACACCCCGGCCGACUCAGACCAACUCCCCCCCGGACUCUCCGUCUGACCCCCUCCCACACACGCUCUCUGAUUCUCCCGCACUCCCUCCCUCCAACCUAUCCUCAUACACCAAAUCCAACUCUUCUUCACAAAUGCCCUCUGACACACCAUCUCUCCCCCCAUCUAAUGCUCCACCUAGUCCUUCCAACCUGCCCGCUGACGCCACAUUCAGCCAUCCCCCCACCCCCUCCCAGAUCCUGCUGGACCCGACAACCAACUCUUCCACCCCCGCCGCUGUGAACCCGUCCCGGGAGCCCCAGUCUGACGCCGCCCUGUGGAACAGCACAGCCCACAGCUCUCUGGAUACACAAGCUGACAGUAACCCUGUGACCGAGCCAGACAACGCUCACUAGCAACAGUCACAUUUGAUUUGAGUAGCUAUUCCAGCUAUAUUAACAUGGAAGUUAAAUAGAAAAGAAGCAGUGGAGGUGUCGCAGAAAAAUGAGUGAAGGUGUGUGAUAGACAGACAAGCUGUUAUCUUCCUCCUUAAUCUCUCUAUCCCUGUGUAUUACACUUACUUCUUCUUGUUAUGGCUCUUAGUGUUUAGCUAUGUGUUCAAUCCCAGCUUCGCACUUGCAGCCUUCUGUCUCAGCAAACCCAUGCCUGUCCACUUUGUCCCUCUGAGCUUAUCAUACAGCUACAGCAUUGAAUUAAGUAGAUGUAUGUAUUAGUUAGAAAAUUAGAUUGACUUAGCUAAAGCGGAAGGCAGGGAUAGAUGCCAUUUAAUCCGAAAAAUAACUUGGAGGAAAUUAAACAAUCAUAGUGUGUUAGUAUGAUGCUGUGAUUAGCGAUUUUUCUUUUAGAGCCACUAUAUUCCAGCCAUUACAUCCUACAAAUUAUACUCUCUGUUAAGAUACAUGUCAGUUAAUUUCACGAUAUUUGUGGCAACAUUUUAGUGAAUCAUUAUAAAUUUAGUGUGCGCAUGCAUUGGGAUCUUUGGUGCGGCCUUAAACCUAAGUGCUUAAAACCUUAUAGCUCUAUAUAAUAGUAAUUUAGGAAGUCUCGUUUUAACUUGGGAUAAAACCUUUUUUCCGAGUAUUAGAGCUCAAAAGUGCCUGUAAAACUAAUGGUCUUAUAUUUUGCAAAUUUGCCAUCUCAGUAUUUUUAAAUGAUUCCAAUUACACUAACCAAUUUGAGUAGAUGUUUUUUGGACUAGAAUUCAAUAAACAUAUUUACAAGAAUAAAAACUUGGCUUAUGAUACAAGGGUUAAUAACGGAGUAUGCUAUGUACCAGAAAGUGGCUUGUUGCUAGAUCUUCCCUUAAUUUCACUGUCAAAUGUUCAGCAAAAAUUCCUGAAAUACAUAUUUUAGCAUCUUUAAAUAUCAGUAAGUCUAAUCCACACAAGAAAAUUCUAAACCUAAAUGUAAUAUUUACUAAAAUAGAUUUUUAUUCCUGCUAACUUAGACCAAAAUGUCUCAUGAAUUAACCAUUACCUAACCCUAAUAAGUAGAACUGUUAAGAAAAAUAAAGAUGGGAAUAAUAUCUAAACAAUGCUGGAUUCAUACACUUUCCAAAUGUUUGGUGAGGUAUGAAAUACGUCCAACAUGUUUUUCAGGCUUCAACGAUGUAAACAAAGGGUACCUUCAACCUUGUUUUUGCACACAGUAAAAAAAUAAAAUCCUUUACUCAAUUCUGCCCAAAACACUUUUCUGUGUGUUUAUACCUAGAAAAUCAGUCCACAACAAUCCCAUUAUCUUAAUCUAGGUAGGAGGGACUGCCCCAAAGAUCCCAAAGAACCACGCCUGACAAACCAAUGCAACACGAGUUCCAUCAGUUAAUAAAUGUAUCUAUCUGUCUCUGAGCUACAAAUUGUGUGUCUGAGGAAGCUGCAAUAAAAAACCAUAAAUUCUU